GUCGCGCAGUGUUGACAGUUGACUGCAGUUGACAACCUAUCGUUAAAAUGACUAAACAAUGUGAAUUAUGUGGUGCAAAGUGGUCAAAAAAUUGCAAUGUUUCCUUUCAUUUAAUUCCAAAAGACCCUGUUCUUCGAAAAAAAUGGGUAGACGCUUGCAAGUUACAAAAAUUUAUAAAGCAUCCUGACAAGUUGUCCUCAAUUAAAAUAUGCUCUGCUCAUUUUGAGGCAAACUCCUAUGUUCCAAAUAAUAAUAGUAAUAAUUAUAGAUUUCUUAAACCUGAUGCUGUACCUAGUUUGAAUAUAGAAGAAAAUCACAAUUUGGAUGAAGAAGAAAUUGAAGCUGUUGAUACUUCCGAACAAUUGUUGUGUUAUGUCGAACUUCAAUCGCAAUACUUAUUAAAUCAGUCAAGUGACAAAACGGCAGACUUGAAUGAUAAAAAUAAUGAUAAGGUGGAAGAUCUAAAUGAUUUGUAUGAUGAAAAUACAAUUUUGUUAAUGGAAAAAACAGAAGAAUCGGACAAUGAGAAUUCACACAACGAGAAUGCAGAACAAGAAAUAAGUGGUUGGUUUACACCAAUAAACGAAAUAACUGAUGAUGACGAUAAUAUCACAAAUACCUCGUCAGUCAGGAAAACUGAUAGAAAAAUAAGGCAAUCAGCACAUUUUGGACAACUAACAGAAGAACAUUUUGAUUCGCUGAAAAGUAGGCAAAUUUAUUUAGCUUUAAUGAACAAAAAAUUAAAGGAGAAAGAAAUGAAGAUAAGAAAUCUUAAAAAACAAAACAUGAGAUUAUCCCAAAAGGUUGAAUUUUAUUCUAAAUUGGUCGCUACGUUUAAGGGCAAAAAACUGAUUACAAUAGAAGCUGCAAGAGAAUUACUGGAAACUGGUACACCUGUUCUUGAUGCAUUAAUAAAAAGAAAGUUAGAAUUAGAAUUAGAAGACAAACAAAAAUUGGAAUACACAGAAGACUUACAAGCUUUUGCAAUAACCCUGCAUUAUUAUUCCAGUAAAGCAUAUAAUUAUGUUAGGCAAACGUUUAAUAACUUAUUGCCAAAUUCAAGAACAAUUAAAAAAUGGAUGACCGAUCCCGGAUCUCCAGUAUCCCCAGGACCCACACAACAAGUUUCUGACGACGAAGUUAUGUUUAAUGAUGAUACAGAAGAGAAUCAUUGAGCAUUAUUCAAUAUUAUUUUUGAUAAGAUGUAUCGCUCAUGGAAUUUCUUAGAAUGGAAGAAGAUAUGUGGGACUUAUAAAGUUUGAAUUAAAUUAAUAUAUCAAAAUAAAAAUUUAUCUUUUGCAAUAAAUUUAGUUUUCUUA